UGAUCGAUGAAAUGUGUCAACAAGAAAAUAGGGUGGUGUACCAUAGCCAUUUGUCUUCCACAUGAUACAAGUACGUUGGUCACCUUGUACCACAAAUCGAAGUACCUAUCAUUCCAUGGAGUCUUCUACUAGCUGAUGCUUUGGUCAAUAUUGAUAUUCUUGUCCCAGUUGUAGAUCUUAGGCUAGUAUGCUACACUUUCAGGUUUCUAGGGUCAUAAAUUUUGAUUGUUUCGGUGUCAGUUGUCCUAGACGCUUCUGUAUUUAAAGCAUAAUUUUCUUUCUUAUUUAAAAAAAAAAAAAAACAACCAAAAAAAAAAAAUCUUUCCAUGGAGUCAAAAACAAUCCACCUGAUCCUCCUCUUCAUCUUCAUUUCUCCUCAGUUUCAUUCUUCAUAUGCACAAACAUGGAUUAGAGCUGGUUACUGGUAUGCCAGCGGUGAGUCUCCUAUUCCUGACAUAAACUCUGCCUUGUUUACUCAUCUUAUAUGUGGUUUUGCCAAUGUAAGUUCCUCCAGCUACCAGCUCAUCAUUCCCUCAGCUGAUCAGCAGUACUACUCCAGCUUCACCGAAAUCGUUAAGCGAAAAAACCCAUCAAUCAUCACACUCCUGUCCAUCUGGAAUGGACAAGCUUCAACAGCUCAAGGAAUAUUGGGUGAAAAGGUCAACUCAUCAGUCUUGUCCUCCAUGCUCAAUCAAUCUUCUAGCAGAAGUUCUUUCAUUGAGUCUUCAAUCCAAAUCGCAAGGCGCUAUGGCUUUUGGGGUAUAGACUUGUUUUGGCUGUGGCCUAACACAGAAGCAGAUAUGAUCAACUUGGGAAAGCUGUUGGAUGAAUGGAGAGCUGCUGUGGAUUCUGAGCCAAGAAACUCAAGUCUGUCGAAAUUAAUGCUGACAAUGGCUGUUAAAUAUGUGCCUUCUUUCGGAUCAAUGACUUAUCCGAUUGAGUCUAUGAAGAAGAACUUGGAUUUUGCACAUGUGGUGGCAUAUGACUAUCAUCUGCCUUUGAAGGAAAAUGUUACUGGUGCUCAUGCUGCUCUGUAUAACCCAACAAGUCAUGUUAAUACAGACUAUGGUAUAAGGCAGUGGCUAAACAAUUCAUUUCCUGCUAGCAAACUGGUUAUGGGAUUGCCUUACCAUGGCUAUGCGUGGACUCUUGCGAACCCGAAUGACAAUGGAAUUGGAGCGCCUGCAGCUGGUGUAGCUGUGACACAAGAUGGUUCCAUGAGCUAUAAGUACAUCAAGUGGUAUACUCGAAGCUACGAAGCUAAAAUAAUGUAUAAUGCUAGUUAUGUUGUGAAUUACUGCAUCAUUGGAUUGAACUGGAUUGGAUUUGAUGAUGUUGAAGCUAUCAGAGCUAAGAUUGCAUAUGCCAAGGAAAAGAAGCUACUUGGUUACAAUGUGUUUGUAGUCACCAAUGAUGACAACUGGGCGCUUUCUUGGGCAGCUCAGGAUGAAGAAAAUGCUCACGGAAAGAAGAGGCGGUUAUUGCUGAUAAUUUUCCUUCCAAUUACUAUGAUCAUCAUCCUCAUAGCAUCUGUGGUGUGUUACCUGCAAAGAAAAUUGUUGAAGACAAAAGGGAAGAUAAUUCUGCGCAAGUUAUAUCGAUCAGAAUCAGCUUUUACUAGUGGUUCUCCAAGUCUGCAAGAAUUCAGCUUCUCCACUAUCAAAGCUGCUACAAAUACCUUCUCAAGUGAAAACUUGCUUGGAGAGGGUGGGUUUGGUCCUGUUUAUAAGGGAAAAUUGCGAAAUGGACAGGAAAUAGCUGUGAAACGUCUUUCAAAAACAUCAACUCAAGGACUUGAGGAAUUCAGAAAUGAAGUUACACUCACUGCAAGACUAGAACAUGUAAAUCUAGUUCGCGUUCUUGGGUUUUGCAGUAAGAAGGAAAUGCAAAUGCAUCAUCAAUCGCCAUAGAAUUUCUAUCCAUCAUCUCAUGUACACU